AUGUCUCCUCCGCCCACGUCUGGCAAAAAGGUAGGCCUACGGGAUCUAAUAAAUGGCGGCAUGCUGCAGUGUUUGGAGGCUGCGACUCUUGGCAUGCCCUUCGAGGUCUGGAAAACUCGCAUGGGUCGUUUCCGCUCAGAGACAACGAUGCAAGCUUUUCGUAACGUGAUGCGAGAGGGCGGCGGCAUUUCGGCCUUCUGGGCCGGUACAGGUCCUAAGAUGGUCGAGUCAGCGUCAAAAGGAGCUAUUUUGCUCUACUCUAAGGAGGCUAUCUCCGAUACGCUGCUUGCUGCUGGCGUGGGCAAGAGUGCUACGGGCUUUUUGGCUGGAGCCGGUGGCGGUGUAUGCCAGGUUGUGGUCAUGGGGCCCUGCACCUUUCUAGUCACUGGUGCCGUCACGGGUGACCGCUCCAUCUCCACCAUGCAGCGUAUCUUUAAUGUGUACGGUGCUCACGGUAUUAAAGGUUUCUACCCUGGUGGCACCGCCAUUGCUUUCCGUCAAGCCACGAAUUGGGCCUCACGCCAAGGAUUUACUGAGAUUGUACGUGGCCAAUUUAAGGUGCUAUUCCACGGUGACAAGGACGCCAAGUUGACAGUGGCUCAAGAGGCAAGCGCCGGUAUUGUGGGCGGUGCUCUGGCUUGUUGGAAUCAUCCUUUUGAGGUAGCGCGCAUACAGAUGCAGAGCGCUGCUGACCGCGGCGAACCCAAGCAGAAUAUGGUCCAAGUUUUCCGUACUGUUAUCAAGGAACAAGGCUACGGUGGCCUUUUUAAGGGCAUUGUGCCACGUCUGGGUCUUGGCAUUUGGCAGACACUCUUCAUGGUUACCGGAGCUAAACUUGUGCGCCAAGCGUUGGAGGAUAUGGAGGCCAAAAAGAAUUAA